AUGGGUUUGAACAUUCUGGUUCAUGCUCCAGCUUAUGCAGCAAGCCACACAAAUUUUCUGGCUAGAAUCGCUGACACUUUGACGGAAGCUGGACAUAAUGUGACUUUUCUAGUGCCAAUUGCUCUAGAAGUUUUCCGCAAUCAACUGGGCGUCAAAUCAACAAAAGACGUGAUCGUUGUCGAACAAGAUGAGCAAUACCAUUCAAACUUUCAGAUGGUGGCUGGCUAUGUGAAGAUUAUGAUAUUAUGUUGUGAAAAUUUUAUACGAAAUAUGGACACAAUCAAGGAUCUUGAAAGCCGUCACUUCGAUGUGGCAAUUGCUGAGCCAUUCACUGUUUUUGGACUUGGUUUAUUUGAAAAAUUGGGGAUCAAAAAAACGAUUCUGGUUUCUUCAUGUACCCAUUUUGAUUUCAUGCUUCCACAUAUCGGAGAGCCAGAAGAUUUUAGCUCGGUUCCAACGCUUUCCAGUCAAGUUGGUGAGAGAAUGAAUAUGCUGGAGAGAUGGGAGAACUAUCGGCUUGUAGCGGAGAGCAAAUCCAGUCUUGCCAAACUUCUUGACUGUGAAACCGCAGCUUACCGAAGAGCAUUUGGAGCGAAAAUUCCGGAUUGGAAGGAGUUGAUGUCUUCUGCUUCUUUGUACUUCACCAACUCAAUUCCAUUCAUCGAUUAUCCACGUGCCACAAUUCAGAAGACAAUUCCCGUUGGAGGGAUUACGGUAGAUUUGGAGAAAAUCAGAGGAGAGAAAUUGAGUGAGGAAUGGGAGGAGGUUUUGAGAAGAAGAGAGAAAACAAUGCUGAUUUCUUUCGGAUCAGCAGUCCCAUCUGUGAACAUGCCAGAGGUUUAUAGAUCCGGAAUUCUCGCAACAAUAAGAUCAAUGCCCAACGUAACAUUCAUUUGGAAAUAUGAAUCUGAAGAUCUCGUAUUUGCCCAAUCCGCUGAAAAUAUUCAUUUCUCAAAGUGGGUCCCUCAGACUGCUCUUCUCGCAGACCCCCGACUCUCGGGAUUCUUGACACAUGGUGGAUUGGGAAGUACAAAUGAAUUGGCUCAUCUUGGGAAGCCAGCAGUCAUGGUCCCAAUCUACGGAGACCAAACGAGAAACGCUAACAUGCUAGCUAGACAUGGAUCGGUUAUUGUACUUCAUAAGAAGGAUUUCGCGGAUGAGGAGAAGAUUGGAAAGGCAAUUCAUUCAAUUUUAUAUGAAGACAAGUACAUGAGAAAUGCUUCACGAUUAGCUGAGAUGUUGAAAAAUCAGCCAAGAAGUCCUAGGGAGACGGUGGUGAAGUACACAGAAUUUGUGGCAAGAUUCGGGCCCUUUCCACAAAUGGACCCAUAUGCCAGAAAGUUGAAUUAUUUCCAGAAGACGUUUCUGGAUAUUUAUUUUGCAAUCUUUGCUUUUGUUAUAAUUGUGGGAGCGAUAAUUGUACUGCCUUUCGUUAUUUCUUAA